AGUAAUAAGGAGUGCUCCAUAAUUAUGUUGUUCAUGAAUAAUGAUAACUUGGUUUUGCACAUAUUUAGUAUAAAACAUAAACAAGACGAUACUGCUCUUCAACAAUGUGUUCUUAGAGCUCGGAUUUAAUGAACAGCAAACAUUGGUGUGAAGGAAACUGGCAAAUUUAGUACAUGUAGUAAUGAGAACGUUAAACCUUGAAAAAAAAGUCCAGGGUCAUAAAGUUUAAUAAUGCAGCAUGAUCGCUGUGUGGGAAACGCAGCAUUUGUAGGGCAGUGAACGAGUGUUAGAGAUAUUGCCCUGGGAAGGGAUACUAUUGCUGGUGUACUAUAUUAGUAUCUUUGUGAUAAAAACUAUCAGUAACAAUGUCCGUGGGAGUGGUGCUUGUUCAGAUCCUCUUCAUUCAUUGUCUCAAGAGUGUCUUGGCCUUCAACGUGGACACCGACAGUUCACUUGUCUUCAAGGGUCCCACGGACAGUUACUUUGGAUACUCCGUGGCUAUUCUCGAAAAUUCUCAAGGCACCUGGUUGCUGGCUGGAGCUCCUCGGGCUAAUGACUCAUCUUUGCCGGAUGUCCACGAGCCAGGAGCUGUGUUUCAGUGCAACUGGCAGUAUCGAAGCAGUUGCCAGCCAGUAUUUAUUGAUGACUUUGGAAAUGAGAAACAAACAUUUUACAAAUGGAAAAAUGUUACAGUUCAUCACAAGAAAAGUAACCAGUGGUUGGGAGCCUCCAUAGAUGUCAAUGCACACAGUGACCUCCAAGUGAUGAUAUGCGCUCCCCGUUGGAUUGAUCACAAGUUUUAUGUGCAAGGCCUUGAAUUUAUGAAUGGCCUUUGCUAUGAGUCAAAAAGUGAUUUACGAUUUCACGAGUCGAGUGCAUGGCCUGCUUUGGAGUACCUGAGAAAACAAGUCCAUCGUUCAGGUUUCUUUGCUUAUGGCAUGGGCAGUAUGGGAACAUCAGCAGCUUAUUCCCAGGAUGGAAAAUUUGUUAUUCUUGGAGCCCCAGGAUUGAAUGACUGGUCAGGAGGAUUUGCAUUUGUUGAAGCUGGUUCAAAUUCAAGACCGAGAAUACUUGAGCUGCCAAUGGAAGACCACAGCAAUUCAUAUUUUGGUAUGGCGGUAACAACAGCUAGGCUGUCUGCUGAAGAUGUGUUCACUGUCAUUGGUGGUCCUAGAGCAGGAGGGGUGGGGAAAGUGUUUGGUUACAAUAAAAAGUUUCAGUUGGUCCUUGUGAAGGAUGGAGAACAGCUUGGAAGCUCUUUUGGAGCUUCUGUCUGUGCUGCUGAUCUCAAUGGAGAUGGCCUGGAUGAUCUUAUCGUCGGUGCUCCCAUGUACUCUGAUCAGCUUGACGAGGGACGGGUUUACGUCUACAUCAACAGAGAGUUUUUCAGUCUGGAACUUUUGCAGCCUUCACUGAGUGGAAGAAAUGUUCCUAAUGCAAGAUUUGGCACUGCUCUUGCCAACACGGGAGAUCUUAAUCAUGAUAAUUUUGAAGAUAUUGCUGUUGGAGCUCCCUAUGAAGAGGGAUCUGGAGUCGUUUAUAUCUAUAAUGGUGCUAAAAAUGGACUUUAUUCUGAACCAUCCCAGAGGAUUGUUGGGAGGGACAUACACAGUUCCUUAAAGACAUUUGGUUGGUCUUUUUCACGACCCUGGGAUGUGGAUAAUAAUCACUACAAAGAUUUUGCCGUUGGAGCGUUUGAAUCAAACAUGGUGGUGCUGCUCCGAACUCGGUCAGUGCUGGAUCUGUUUGCCAGCCUUCAGGUGUCCCCUUCUGUGAUAGACAUCAAAAAGAGACCAGCCUGCUCCCACCAGGGCCACUCCUGGCACUGUUUUACAGCACAUCUCUGUUUAAAGUACAGCGGGAAAAAUUUGCCUCCAUCCUCAGAGGUGAACAUGACAAUGACAUUAGACACUUUGGAGAAACACCGUGGGGAGAGGUCAAGGUUGUUUGUCCUGAGUCGAGACGACAUGGAAAAAGAGACUGUCAAUGAGCUUGUGACUCUACGCUUAGAGCGAAAUUCCUGCUGGAAGAAGUAUGUCUACAUCAGGCCAAACAGCAGAGAUAUAAUCACUCCUCUACAGCUGCAAGUGGAUUUUGAAAUUGCUUCAAACUCAAUUGGCAUUGCAAGCAUGUGCACCAUUUGUCCUAUUCGGAACAAGUACAUACCCAAUACUGUGACCACCACUACUCGGUUUGCUCUUGAAUGUGGGGAUGAUCAUGAAUGUCACCCUGAUCUGAGUCUGAAAGCACGACCCUUGUUCAAAGACGACGGCAAAUUUUUCCUCAUUGACACUUCUCCUUGGUUUGAUGUUGAGCUGACUGUCGGCAACACGGGUGAAAUCUCUUACUUGACAGUGUUAACUGUUGAGCACCCACCAUCAGUUGUAUAUUCCUCCCUGCACGUCGUGGGUGGCGGCUCUUUUCCCAUGUGUGCCCCUGGUUUGGCCAAUACAAACUCAACAUACUCGUAUCUGCUCUGUGAUCUCUCGGAGCCUGUCAGGACUGGACAAAAGACUGUUCUGAGAAUGAGGUUUUACGCUCAAGGAGUUCCAUACGAUGUAUUUGAACUAAACAUGAACUUCAAUGUGAGCUCCACAAGUGAAGAAGGUGCUCAUAUUAUGUUGGACAACUCAGUUCAAGUCAAAGUCCCGUUACAAAUGAGGACUCAACUGAAGCUUGCAGGAGUGUCCUUGCCCAGUCAAGUAUCUCUGCCCCAUGCAAACAGGAGGUCAGAGGAUAUGACAGAGUUUGUCUCUCUCACCCAUCUAUACAUCCUGCAUAACCUUGGACCCAGUCCCAUGCCUCAUGGACAGCUCACUUUGAAGUUUCCCGAAUUAGACUGGUUCCUGGUGGAGAAUAUAUAUGUAGAGAGGAAGUCUGUGACUGAUGCCUUCUCCAAAGUUCCUGUAGAAUGUAACCAGUCCCCGAACCGCUCUCAUCCAGACGCUGCACACUCUGGUGAUGGAGAUGUGGAAGGAGGGGCUUUGAGUGAUGGCUUCAAAUACCUGACCUGUGAGAAUACUGUGUGCCUCACCAUCACUUGCUACGUGGGCCUGAUGCAUGUCUCAGAGACGGUGUAUGUCAACAUGAGCCUCAGCAUGCGUACGCGGGUUCUAGAUGAACUCAAGGGCCCGCAACAGGUUGGAGUCACAAGUGUAGCUUUUAUGGAAGAGCCAGCAUACACAGUGUAUCACUCCCUUGCUUCCAGCCAUAACGCCUCGACGACAAGUUAUAUUGUGUAUGAAUCUCUACCCCUCAAAGCUGUAACCUGGUGGGUCCUCGUGAUCAGUAUUUCCAGUGGACUUCUGUUGCUGUACAUCAUUGGCAUCAUACUGUGGAAGUGUGGAUUCUUCAGGCGAAAAAAGAAGGAAGAGCUCCAGCGGUUGAUCAGAUCUACUGAAGCCGAGCGAGAAAUGCUUCACUCGGACUCCCUGAGUGCUGGCUCGAGUGAGGUCAUGAUGCCCCCUCCAGCCCACGGAGGUGCCAAUGGCAUAGAUCACUUACGCCACGGGCUGGAGCUUGACCAACGUCUGUUCUACCCUCACAUGAGUCUGGACGACGAUGGUCCCCUGGAUCGAAGUCCUCACCAGGGGGAUUUCUUUCACAAUCAGAGCCUGAACAGAAGAGACAUUCGUCAGGGUAACCACAACCCGUCAUACCUUCACAGUUUUCACACUCUGCAAGGUGGUGGUGGUGGUCGCAGUCGCAACCCAGGUCAUGGCACCGGUGUUCGUAGUAACGGUCACCAUAACUUGAGGCACAAUUUGUGGGUUGCCCCCCCUCCUGCACCCGCUCCCCCACCUUCUUUUAAUAAUGAGAUGUACUUAGAGCCUCUGGAGACGAGAGCAUAGCCAAACUCACCUUUGUUUUAUUUUUGGGACAUUCUUUUUGUGAUAUUUCAAUCGAUUUAUGCUUAUUAUGCAAAUUCCUUUUUGCUGGGCGGAAGAGGACUUUCUUGAGAACGAAUUAAAUUUUUUUUCUUUGUUAGAGGUUUAGUGACCAAAAAAGUUUGAAUAUGGCAAUUGUUACAUUUUAAUGAGGCGAACAUUUAAGAAAAUUUUACGUCUAAAGACAAGGGACAACCGAAUAAAAUCCUCUUCCUUUCCCUUUGUUAUUUAUGUUGUUGUUAUGAUUCCACCAGUCUUUGGUUCUUGCCCUUUGGUCCAAUACCAUGUUGUUUCAGUGUGCAUCCUUUCUCUAAUUGCUCCCUUUAUAUAUUAAUCAUGUACAUGUAUACAAGUGUUUGUGUCCAUGUACACGUGUGUGUGUAUGUGUGUGUGUGUGUGUGUAUGUGUGUGUGUGUAUGUGUAUGUGUGUGUGUGCGCGAGUGUGUUUUGAUGUCUACAAAGUAUAGAGUGUGAGAAAAAAGUGGAUGCCUGAGGUCCUGCUGGUAAGGGCUUUGAAAGACCAGAUGUUCAAUAGUAUAGAGAGGAUAACUGAGCAGGCAUGGAGGUGAAUUCUCAGAUUAGAUCAUGCUGAGGUUAUAAUUUAUCCUUACUUCGUGAUUUUGGAAGUGGGAAAUAGUUAUCAUUUUAUUCUCUUUCGUUCUCUUUUCUUUUUUCUCCAUGAUAUUGUUUUUGAGCAUGUGCGUCCGUGUUUAUUUAUAUUCACAAUUACCCCUUUGUCUUCUGUGUAUUCCUUUUCUCUCCAUCUCAAUCCCAUUUUUAGGGCUGUUGUGAUAUGUAGAAACUAUAGGGGUGAAAUAACAUUUUAUGAUGAGAAUAUAGCGUGAGUUGAAAAGACUUUUUCUCUCUGCUUAACUGUUAAAAUCUUGCGACCAUUAUUGAGUUGUAAUAUUUCAAACGAGAUGCUGAUGGGAAUGUUGGAUUUGGAAAAUCUAUUUUUCCAUUGCAGUUUUCAAACUUUAUGAAAGACGUUUUCAUGCUUGUUUCCAGCACAUUUAGUUAAAAUUUUUUAUAGACGCUUUCUAAAUCAAAUGGAUAGAGUUUUUUCUUUUUUUCAAGUGUGCAGCAGAAAAUAAUGGCAUCUUAUUACUGUUGUAGUGUUUUUCUCGCCUGCAUAUUUCUAAGGACAUAUGCAAAUAUUGUAAUUGAUAUAUAUAUAUAUUUGCAGCUUAUUAACAUAGAAGAUAUUAGAUCUACACAGCAGUAACCUUUGAACAGAAAAUUGUUAUAUUGAACUUUAAAAAAAAAAUGUCUUAUAACGGUUUUGCCUGUUACGGUCUGCACAGGGUUGUUUUGACUUUUCCGUGUAUAUGAAUAUGAUUUUUGUACUUUACUGGGUGCUACUUUGUUUAUGCAAGUGUAUGUUAUGUGUAUGUGUGUGAGAGUGUGUGUGUGUGUGUGUGUGUGUGUGUGUGUGUGUGUGUGUGUGU